AGUUAGUAGCUGGUCUCAGUCAGUAACACUCUGGGAGGGCUCAGGCCACAUCACCAAAUGUGCCAGGAUAGCCUUGAACUCAUCAAUUGCUGGGCUUUUCUGAUCCAAGAUCUCGGGUUGUUCAAAUCCAUGCGGUGGGACCACACUCAAGAAAAAGUCCAGGAGAACCAGAGUCACUCCACCAGUCCUGCCUGGGGCCCCAUGAAAGUGGCCAACAAUGUCACUGAGUUUAUAUUCCUGGGACUUUCCCAAGAUUCUGGAACGCAAUUGAUGUUCUUUGUCUUAUUUCUCCUCUUCUAUGUCGUGAUCGUGGCAGAAGAAAUGAAGAUAGCAAACAACACAGUAGUGACAGAAUUUAUCCUCCUUGGUCUGACUCAGUGUCAAGAUAUUCAGCUCUUGGUCUUUGUGCUGAUCUUAAUUUUCUACCUUAUCAUCCUCCCCGGAAAUUUCCUCAUCAUUUUCACCAUAAAGUCAGACCCUGGCCUCACAGCCCCCCUCUAUUUCUUUCUGGGCAACUUGGCCUUCCUGGAUGCAUCCUACUCCGUCAUUGCGGCUCCCCGGAUGUUGGUGGACUUCCUCUCUGCGAAGAAGGUAAUCUCCUACAAAGGCUGCAUCACUCAGCUCUUUUUCUUGCACUUCCUUGGAGGAGGGGAGGGAUUACUCCUCGUUGUGAUGGCCUUUGACCGCUACAUCGCCAUCUGCCGGCCUCUGCACUAUUCGACUGUCAUGAACCCUAGAGCCUGCUAUGCAAUGAUGUUGGCUCUGUGGCUCGGGGGUUUUGUCCACUCCAUUAUCCAGGUGGUCCUCAUCCUCCGCUUGCCUUUUUGUGGCCCAAACCAGCUGGACAACUUCUUCUGUGAUGUCCCACAGGUCAUCAAGCUGGCUUGCACCGACACGUUUGUGAUGGAGCUUCUGAUAGUCUUCAACAGUGGCCUGAUGACACUCCUGUGCUUUCUGGGGCUUCUGGCUUCCUAUGCAGUCAUCCUCUGCCAUGUUCGUAGGGCAGCUUCUGAAGCGAGGAACAAGGCCAUGUCCACGUGCACCACUCAUGUCAUUAUUAUACUUCUUAUGUUUGGACCUGCUAUCUUCAUCUACACGCGCCCCUUCAGGGUCUUACCAGCUGACAAGGUGGUUUCUUUCUUUCACACAGUGAUCUUUCCAUUGAUGAAUCCUAUGAUUUAUACCCUUUGCAACCAGGAAGUGAAAACUUCCAUGAAGAGGUUAUUGAGUCAACAUGUAGUCUGUCAAGCGGACUUUAUAAUAAGAAACUGAGAAGGAGGAAUUCUGGCUGGAAUUCAUAUCAUUCAUUUAACAAGUCCUGUUUUUCACUGAGUACCUCCCAUUUGCCAGGUACCAUUGUAGGCAAUGGAGGAGAGUUACGCAUAAUGAGAGAAUAAACUUAUUAAAUUUAAAGAAUAUAAAGGAAA